UUGCGCAACAGAUCUGUGGGAGAUUUGCUCAUGAGACUUGGUCAUUUCUCUGCAAUCAAAUCAUAAACAAAAGCAUAAUGCCUUUUCGUUUUCUGUACAAAAUAUGAAGUGAAAUAAUAAUUACGAUCAGCAAACCUUACUUCUUCUGAAAAUUUAGCAUCAUGGUUUUGCACAGAUUUCUUUGUUUCCAAACUUUCAGCUCCCACAGAGGAAGUGGAAAUCGCCAGUAGGUUCAGAGACAUAAAUAUCUUUUAAAAGGUCACCUGUACCUUGUAAACAUUUUGACCUUUACAAAUAUCAUACAAUGGCACUGUAAGUCCUGAUUAAAAUACAGCAGGUAUAGGUAACAAGAGGUAGAUAUUUAUUGGCUUAGGUAUAGUCAAUGUGAAUGAGCAAGCACUAAAACAGGGGCCUGGAAAGUUUGUGUAAUCUUUUUACUUGAAGACAUCAAAGCUUCCACUGGAUGAAGGCCUGAGCAACCUGAUCUAAUUUUGAAGUUACCUUACCUGGGAUCAGGUGGCUGAACUAGAUGACAUCCCACCAGAAAUCAUUUCCAACCUUAAUUACUCUGUGUUAAGAGGGGCCUAUUUUUGAACAAUAUAAACAGAGUAAUUUUAAGUACCUCAUCUGUUAGUGAACAGAUGUACUAGGGACUGCACAGUCAGGCUGCCACGAGAGGGAGGAAAUGCCUGGUUUCGAACACGGCACAGCACUAGGCUUGUGGGUACCCACGUGGGUGGAGCUGAAAGCUGGUUCACAGACCUUGCCUCUCUGAGAGGGGUAAUUUCCAAAUGCCUGGUGUGUGUGAAGCCUGUGAUGUGAGCCACAAUGACUUUGUACUGCAACUGAGAAUACUUUACCAAAACAGAAUCAGUAGAGUCAACUUAAGAGAACUCAACAAGACCCACACAAACCUUGUGAAACUUCGGGCUGGUUAUGUGGGAGCUCAGUUUUGGUCAGUGUAUGUUCUUUGCAGCGCUCAGAAUAAGGAUGCUGUGCGUCUGACUUUAGAGCAAAUUGAUGUUGUCAAGAGGAUGUGUAACAGCUACGAAGAGCUGGAACUUGUGACAACUUCCCAAGGUAUCUCUGAAAGUAGAAGGAUUGCGUGUUUGAUUGGAAUAGAAGGUGGCCACUCCAUUGACAGCAGUUUGGCAACGCUGAGGAUGUAUUAUGACUUGGGUGUUCGUUAUAUGACUUUAACACAUUCCUGCAAUACACCUUGGUCUGAAUCAUCAUCUAAAGGAAUACACAACUUUUAUCCUAAUGUUAUUGGUCUGACUCCAUUUGGCCAAGAAGUGGUAAAGGAGAUGAAUCGCCUGGGUAUGCUGAUAGAUUUAUCUCAUACUUCAUAUUCCACAGCAAAAGCUGCACUGAGUAUCUCAAAAGCACCAGUAAUUUUCAGCCAUUCAUCAGCAUUUUCUAUUUGUAAUCACUCAAGAAAUGUCCCUGAUGAUAUCCUCCAGCAACUGAAAAAGAAAAAGGGAAUUAUCAUGGUGACUUUCAAUGCAGAUGUACUGGCCUGUGGCAGAAAAGUUGUUAAUAUUUCUACCCUUGCAGAUCAUUUUGACCAUGUAAAGAAAAUUGCAGGUUCAGAAUCAAUAGGAAUUGGUGGUGACUAUGAUGGAGUGGCACGUUUCCCUGAGGGAUUGGAAGAUGUCUCUAAAUACCCUUCUUUGAUUGAGGAACUUCUUAGAAGAGGAUGGAAUGAAACUGAACUGAAAGGAGUGUUAAGGGAAAACUUCCUCCGUGUCUUCAGGGAAGUGGAAAAUGUGCAGAACAUCAGUGGAGUAAUGGACAUAGGUGAAAGUGAAACUCUACAAGAAGUACAAAAUUCCUGUCGCCUCGACCUACGUAAUCCUCGGCUUGAGCCAGCCAGCUGGCUAAAAUCAGACCAUUGCCAGUGGAUUCCUAGACAUGAGAUUAGGAAGAGGCCUUUUUAUUAUAAAUCUUCUGCUGUUUUGGCCUUUGGAACACAUUUUCAAAUACACAAGGUAUGUGAGGUUAGAAGCUACUGUUAUAGAGAAGAGCAUAUAUUGAGAUAGGCCUAUUCUUGGUAGGCUAAAAACUGACAUUUCAAUCAAAUAUACUGAAAUUUGUGAUGAAAUUAUAGGAUGGCAGCACAACCUCUUUGUAGGGUCAGUUCCCACUGCUUGCUGGUAAGUGCCUUCUUACCAGCAAUGCUGUUAAUUGUGAUUUUUUCCUUUUAUUUACUGAUAUGAAAUCUACAGAAUUUAAUAGAAUAGUAUAGAAUAAAAGUCCUGCUGAUCUAAGGGCGGUAUUUGUAAACACACAAAGUAUCUAACUUUGUGUUAGAAAGAGAAAGGGAAGAGAAAGGCUAAGGAAAGAGAAAGAGAAGGCUAAGCAUGAACAGAAUGGAAAACCAGCAAGUCAGUUGUUUUCUAGAGUCACUUGAGAGGGUUCCUACCAUCCAUUUCUGCAUUCCAUGUAAAAGUAGGAGUUCCGGAAGAACCCUGUUCUUUCAUGAUUCAAAAUGAAGCUUCAUUAAUUAUUUUGUUAGGAUGGUCUCCUUGAUAAGUAUAUUUUGAAUAUACUCCUGCCACUUACCAAAUUCUUUACAAAUUGUGUUGAACAAUCUAGUUGCAUAGAAGCCAAGUUUUUAAGAACAGUUUCUCAAUAAAUACUGAUCCUUCUUAUGCAUCUAGAAAGGGGAAUUACUGCACUGACUCAGAAGUCUGGCCUUCCUGAUACUGCUUGACUGGCAUCAGAACUUGUUUUACUGGUAAAUGAUGAAUUAAAUAGGGAAUGUUUACUUCCCAUGAGCAUUUCUUCUAAUAGGUUCAUAAGCGAUUGGAAAACUGCCAUCCACGAUCCCUUUUCAUAGAACUAGUACUCUGAUAGUUGCUUCAUUCAAUACUUGAAAUGUAAGAUGCUUCCUUAUUCCUUCCAGCUGUUUUCUUUAUACUAUAUUGUCACUUUACUGCCUGCUAAUUCUUACUCUUUUUUUCUUCAUGCUACAGCAUAGAUUAAAAAUAUAUAUUGCUUUUCUUAAAGAUACAGAUAAUAUGACUUGUCUUAUCUAUAAUGUAUUGCGCUUAUUUGUUUGACUGCUUUGUGCUAUGAGUAAUUGGUAAGCUUGUGGCAAAACAGACAGGAAACUUAAAUAAAAUAUUGUUUAAAA